AUGGGUUUCCUCAAGAAGAACACCGAGACGAUAGAUUCUCAACAACCACAAUCCGAAAUCGCACACGAGAAAGAUCUGGAGAAAAACUUUGAAGAUGUCCAUCUAGAAGCACGUCAGACUUCAGUCGACAAUGGCGGCUCAGCGCCUUUUAUCGAUCCUGUUAUUGAGAAGCGCGUUGUUCGCAAGAUAGACUGGCAUCUGGUACCGCUACUUAUGGGACUUUACCUGCUCGCCUUCCUUGAUCGCUCCAACAUUGGAAACGCAAAAAUUGCUGGCAUGGCCAAGGCCUUGGACCUGACUGCCGAUCGCUACUCGUGGCUUUUGACCAUCUUCUACAUCUCUUAUAUCGUUUUCCAAUUCCAGGUUCUUGGUUGGAAAAGAUUCCCUCCUCACAUCUGGGCGGCUUGGGCUAUCUUUGGCUGGGGUGUCAUCUCAAGUUGUCAAGCCGCGGUUACUUCUUGGGCUGGAGAAAUGGUGCUCAGAUUUUUAUUAGGAGUUUUCGAGGCAGCAUACGGCCCUGGUGUUCCUUAUCUGCUUUCUUUCUUCUACCUCAGACAUGAAGUCGGCUUCCGCAGCGGAAUCUUCCUUGCCGCUGCGCCUCUCGCAACAUGUUUCGCCGGAGCACUCGCAUAUGGCAUCACCUCCGGAAAGAACCUAGCUAUCGCCAACUGGAAGCUUCUCUUCCUCGUGGAAGGUCUUCCCACUCUUGCCAUGGUACCAGUCGCAUAUUUCUUCCUCCCAGACAGCCCACAAUCGGCCAGAUUUUUGAACGAGGAAGAGAAGCGUGUGGCAGUCGCAAGAGGUGUACGACAGACAGGAACAACCGAGCGUGUCGGCCGCAUCAAGUUCAAGGAUGUUGGCUUGACUUUUAUUGAUCCAAAGGCCAUCUGCACUGCAUUGAUGUACUUCUCAUGCAAUGUGUCAUUCUCCUCUUUGCCUGUCUUCCUACCCACGAUUCUGGAAGAGAUGGGCUUCGAGUCCAUUACUGCACAAGGUCUAUCUGCACCUCCAUACUUCUUGAGUUUCCUCAUCACCAUUGGCUCUGCAUGGAUCGCCGAUAAGACUCAACAGCGCGGACUGACCAUCAUCAUUCUGUCCAUCAUUGGAGGUGUUGGUUACAUCAUGCUGGCAACCACGACAACCACUGGACCUCGUUAUGCUGGUGUCUUCCUUGCAGCAUCUGGAGUCUUCCCUUGUAUUGCAAACAUCCUCCCUUGGGUCACAAACAACCAAGGCAACGACGAUCGCCGUGGUGCAGCAUUUGUCCUUCUCAACCUUAUUGGUCAAUGUGGUCCUCUGCUCGGCACGCGCGUCUACAACACUCCACCCUACUAUGUCAAGGGCCAGAGCAUCUGCGCAGCCUUCAUGUUCUUCAAUGGCUUGUUAGCACUUUUGCUUCGUACCCUUCUUGCUUAUGAGAACCGCAAGUUGGACAAGAAGUAUGGCACCAUUGAAGAACAGAAGAACAGGAUUGCGGCGACCGAGGGAUCGAAAGACGCGGCUGUUGAAGCCAACAGUGGCGUGGAGAACUUUGGUCCUAUGUAUCGUUAUGUCUUGUAG